GUAUUCCCCCCUCCUCUUACAACAAGAGCCCGACAACCAGUAGCUCCGGCCGUUUGAUCCCAACUGGAACCCAAAAUUUCAGUGUCUCCUUCUCAUCUUAAAAAAUCGUAUCAUUAAAUCCAGCCCGGAUUAGUUAUUGUCUUUCAUCUAUAGCGACCGCGCUGUUAUUUAUUAUUUCCAAGUGUGUGCACGUGCAUCAAAGUGAUAUUGUAUUAUUAUUAUUAGAGAUAUAGUAUAUACUAUAUACAUCAGUGCACCGGAAGUUCUCUCUCUGCUAGCAAUAGCCAACGUACGUGAUGUCCAUCUCUAACGAAUCAUGUGAUUGAGCUCAGCGCGUUUGCGCUAGUCGCCACCACCACUCUCUCAUUUCUCUCGACAUUUUCUACAGGACCGUCGCUCUGCUGGAUCGAAACUCUUUUGCGCUGGCUGGGUUUUAUCAAAAAUAAAAACGGUCGACGCCAUCAUAUAUCUCACCGCUGUGCUGGGCCAACCUCAUCAUGGAUAACGCAGUGGAACGUCGCAAACGUCAUUUAUCAGAAGGAGAUGAACAUUCGGGACAACAGGACGGCCGACGAGUUCGAUCUCUUUUGGAGGUAGCGGCCCAUGAACUGGACUUGAACCCUCUACUACACCGAACAGCUCAUCAUCAGGCGGGUCCAGAUGGCCAGCAGGGGCCGGCGUUAGCCGUGGCUGUUGUGCGUCCGUUCGUUUCCGAGGAGACGACUAGCCGGAUUCAUCGUCCUCCGUCGCCGCCGGAAUCCGAUUGCAGCAGUCAGGAGCCACCGCCCAGCCAUUCGGACGACGAUUCCGACGGAGGAGACGAGGAUUCGUCCGACGACGACGAUGAUGAAAUUGCUCAUGUGGGUGAUGCCACUUUGGCCGGCUACGAGUAUUGCAGCAAUGAAGCUAUCCGCUACCUGAUGGAAGUCGAGAAACUCGGAGCCGACCAUCCAGUUAUCCGACAACUGCAGCAACACCUGGACAGCCGUCGGGUUCACGUCGCAUCCAGCAGCAAUCCCGGACCGUCAUCCAAUCACGCGAUUCCUUGAACAACCCAAUAUCACGCCGAGCAACUUUUCUUUAUAUACUAUGACGCGAGGGUUUAGACUUUCAGACUGGCAUUCGUCCAGUUUCGAUCCAUGGCAAUUUCUUUAUUAUUAUUAUCAUCAUCUCACACAACGACCAGUGCAAUUUUUUUUUUUUCAAAUCGAAGAUGAAACGUGAUUUAUUUUCAAACUCUUUCACGCACUUUUUCCCCUUUUUAUCUCUGACAAAAUACGUGAACGAACAGCCUUUUCUAGUCAUUUUUGAAAAAAUAAAAAUCAUAUUUACGUGUAUAAUCUUUUUUUCCCAGCUGGCAAU